AAGAUGGCGGCCUUCAGACAUUUCAGGUCCAAAAAUAUCUUCUUGUCAGGUCUGGUAUUUUUUACUGAAAAUAAUUAUUUUGUAAUAUAUUGAUAUCUUUUGAAGUAUCUAGUCAGCGGGUUCGAUUUUAGAAGAAAAUCUCUCAUCGCGUUGUUUUUACCCCAGGUUUAUGCAAGUCCUUGUAUGGAUCGAUAACGCAUCGCGGCAAAAUUGCCCGCCCCUUUUUUCUUCAAACUCAGAUCACAUGCUGAUAUGAUGCAAAAUGUUGAAAAUGGCACCUGCCAUGUUUUUCUUUGUGUAAAGUGCACAGCAUUUUAAUCAGGAUUGCUACUAGUACAGUGUGGAGUUUAACUCUUUUACUUGUAAGAGUGACUAGCAUCUAAUUUCUCCUUACGAUAUCAACCCAGAAUCAACCGUUAAGGUGCCAAGAAUAAAGGAAAUGAUCACUAAUAAAGAAACUCUUGAUAGUAAGACAGGUUCUCCUUGUCGGCACCAUGAGAAAUAUGUAGAAACAGUGUGGAGAAUAUACAUACUGAUGUUAGGGUGUAAAUGAUUAAGUGUUAUGCAAGUUCUUUUUGUGAUGAAAUCUUUCUGAGAAAGAAUAAUAGCUGUCCAGCCUGUCAAAAGAAUCAGUGAAUCAACUAGAGGGCAUUUUUGUCUCUUCUAGAUCCUUCAAGACAGGUGAUCAAGAAAGGAAAGUGUGGUCAGAUUUUCUUAGGAAACAAAGCUGUUAAGGUAACAAGCUUCAAUCAAGCUUCCUUGCUGUGUAGAACUGUCAACAAAAACUUUCACCAUAACUGAAGUCAACUUUUCUUGUCAGUAAAGACCUUUGGUGUUUUAUAUAACAUACAAAAUCACACAUGGUUGUUUGUAAGUGUGGAAUUUUGCAUGUAACUCAAAGAAAAAUUUGAUAUUUACACAGGGAGUGCUGAACAGGUACUUGAGUGAAUCUGCCACCAAUGAAAAACCAACUGACCAUGAGGAUGCAGCAGAACUGCCAGAGAGUGAGUCCAGUGGUAAAAGAUCAGUUGUUGAUCUUGGAGACCUUCAUCCUGUAAGUGCAAAGUUGUAUGUAAUAACCCUACAGAUAACUUAAAAUUGCACCAGAGAGAAGAUGAACAGAUGAAACACUUCCAUGUGAUUGAUUGUGUUAGACAGGGUAGCCUAUUGUUCACCACAUAAGACUCUGGUUUUAGAGAUGUGAUAUUCAUGGGCAAGACAAUUUUCCUGGCACAGUGACUCAGUUUCCACCCCAGGAAUAUAAAUAGUUACAGAUGAACUGUUAGGUAAUCCUGAUGUAAUUCUUUGGGAUGACCUGCAAUGGAUUAGCAUUCCAUCUAGAGGGAGUAGCAGCACUCCUAGUUGCUUAACCCCAUGCACUCUAACAUCAGUUUGCAUAUUCUCAUUACUUUCCUCCAUAAAGCUAUUUGAUAUUAACAAGGAGAAUUUGUUUGACAAUCAAGAGCUUCAUUAGUUGGCGAUCAUUUCCUUUAUUCUCAUGACAUCAAUAUUUGUUUCAUUGGUGAUAAAGUUUGGAGAAAUUAGAUGUCAGUCACCCUCUGGUGUUAAAUGGUUAAUGAGCUAUUAACUGGACUAAUUUCCCAACAGAUGAGCCAUCAGUGUAAGCUAACUUAAACUUACCCUUUUCUAUCUUUUAUUUAGAAUUUUUAUCAUUUUACUAAAAUAUUUCACACAGAGUAAGAUCUAUAAGAGCCUUAUUAUUCCAAGAUUGAAACUUUCUUAAAUUUAUCUUUUGUUUAUCUUUUUUUUUAAUUUAUCUUUUUCUUGAUUAUUCUUCAGGCUGAUCACAUGAAGUCCAAUAUUGGUCAAUUUUACACCAUCCCACAGGACAUUUCUAGUAGAGUUCUCUCCUACUUCUUCACAAAGAGAUUUCAAACAGAGGUACAUAUAAAUCUGAGCUUUUUAUAUGUUUUUCCUGUUUUUUGCUUGCUCUUCUAGAUUAGAUGAAACCUUUGGACAAUUUCUUGGUUAUUUUUUUGUUUCAAGUUUGAAAUGGCAGGCAGCACAAGUUUGAUGAUAAGAAGCCCUGCUCUGGAGGUGAUACAGCAUCUGAAAGACUUACCAGAAAGGAGCCAUCCUCCACCAAAGUUUAUUUUCUGUAUCUUUUCACAACUCUUUUUGUAAACUGUAGUCCCUGUGAUAUGUGGUCUCUAUGAAUCAAAGUGUUAAUCCUUUAACUCCAAGAGGUGAUUAACAUGCAAAUUCUACCCAUAAUUUCCAUAUAUUAUCCAGCAAACUGGAGAUCAAAUUCUUGUAACUAGUUUACAAGAAAAUAUGUAGCAGCUAGAGGGGAGAAUUAAGAAUCAGAUCUUAGAUGAGAUUUUUGUUGUUGGCUUGUUAUCAGUUCUUUUCUUUAACUAUAUUAAAAUAGAUGGUGAUGAUGGACGUGGAAAAUCUUUAUCACUUAUUCAUGUUCUCCAUUAUUGUUUUUCUGCUGAAUGGUUCAUUCUUCCUGUACCAAGUGGUAAGAUUUGUGUUCUGGUAUGUAAUUAAUAUGUCACAAAAGGUGGUAUGGAUAAAUGUGUUUAUAUUCAUCAAAUAAGGGCUCUAAACUUUGAACAAUAGGAAAAAUGGCCUUUCAUUUGAUUGGCAGAGGAAUGGCCACAAAACAACAAUAUUAGUUUUAGUUGAUAAAGUCAAUAAAAUGUUAUUUUAAUUAUACUGAAGUAAAUAUUGUAGUUUAUUAAAAUAACUGAAAUUUUUUAAUGUCAACUUAAGUGAAUUGAUCGUUUAGUUUCCUAAUAGAGUUUUUUCCAAUUUAGCAGAAGUUCCACAGAAGUGGAACUUACUGAUAGUAAAAUGCUUAGAUAAAGCCAAACUUACUGACACAACAACCACAAAUAAAAACAUCAUUACUUUGUUAUUGAAUUUAUUACCAGGACAUGGAAAGAAUGGAGGGAACUUCCACUAAAUUGAAAAAUACUAAUUUUUACCUUCCACAAUCCUUUUUGUCUUUCUUUGAGCUCCUUUUUGGUUGUUUUAAUGAUAUAUUUUUCUUUUCAAGCAUAAAUGUCAUAGGAAUAAUUGAGGGUUGAACAGAUUGUAAUAAGUUUAAUCAAUCAUUCAUGCACCAUCAAAAUCCAGGUAAACCAAAAAAUUAAAAGCAAUCCUCUAAAAUUAGUUAGUUGCCAUUAAGUUGUCUCUAGCAUAAAAUAAUGUAUUUGUUCAUCAAGUAGAAGGUUCAAGUCUAAUUGCAAGCAUGAUUCUUAUUGCAGUAUUUAGCUGGGUGCAUGGACCAUCUGAAUUGCAAGUGUCAACAUAUCAUGCAGAUAGAUUUGACCAACCAAAGCUGGCGAAUUCCUGGCUUCAGAUGUGCAAAGCAAUCAAUGGCAGGGCCCUUGCUGAGGUAAAAUUGCAGAGAAAGGGGACAAGCACUUUUUCACUACCUUGGCCCAUGUUCUGAUUCCCACCCUUUACAGUAAUGAUGCAAAGAGAUUUACUUGUACCAUUUUGGGUGAUUUACUGGUAGCUGUUCUUGAGGAGAAAAAUCCUUCAUGCUUUUGGCAACAAUUGAUGUUUAAAUGACUUAGAGUAUCUAAAAAUCAUAUAUGUGAACUGUGGAUUAAGAAAUGAAUAUGAAAGUGAUCUUCACAGUAAUGAACACUACUUAUAAUAAGCAGUAGUGAAAAAAAGGCUUGAAAGAAAAAAAUUUUCUUAUUUUCUCUAAUGUUUAGGUAGUGUUCAUUACUGUGCAGAUCAUUUUCAUUUUCAAUUGAUGUUUGGUUUUUAAAAAUUUGGGCCUUUUACUCUAGUAAGGCGGUAUCUAGUCAGUGGAUGAAAAGUGAGGUCUUUGAAAAUGCAUAUACACUGAAGCAAGACUUCCUAAUCAUUUUACUGUCAAGAUCUAGAUAUGAAUUCUCAGCAAUGUCGGCCAUGCUUUUAUAGUAAUUUUAACUUUGAGAAUUUAGUGUUUGGUCAAAUGAUUCCCCUAGUUAUUAUUUUUCUUUCUUCACAUCACCUCUCUGCUUGAAAAUGUAUCAUUAUUGGUUGGAGAAAUUCCUUUUUGGUCACUUCUGGGAAUGAGAGGGUUAAAUCUUUUCAACAUGUCUAAGUUUUAUGGCUUCAUUUCUUUUUCAGGUCCAGUUAAACAAUCAGUAUCUUGUUGGCAAGAAAGAUGUGAUAGAAAAAGGAGAGCCACUCGGAAAAAUUGUAGAUACUGUAAGAAGACAUUUUUUUGUAUUAUCGAAACUAUAACAAAAUUCUCGAACGUAAUCUGUCAUCACCAGCCCGAUUUGAGCAUUAAUAGGACGGUGUACGCGUCUUGCCUCUAAUUGGACAGUGUAAUAGGACAGUCAAAGGGACAGUGAACACGUCAUGCUUGUAUAAAUGGACAGAACGCGCUGUUUUCUCGCAUUUCGCCGAGUUAACUGUCUUUUUUUUUAAUGAAAACGUACAACCGAUGUUUAAUUUCCUUCUCAGAUUCUGCCUAGUUUUGAUUAAUUGGUAACAGGAGUUCGUUUCGUCCAAUUCUGUCGAAUCCCGUCGAAGCCUGAAUUCUCUUUGUUUCUUUCCUCCAUUGCUUAAACUGCAUGUCAUUUGCGAGGAUCAUGGCUUUAUUUUAUUUUCUAUCCGUAAGCCAAAUUGAAGUUGUUUCAUUAAACAGAAAAGGUUGGUCCCUUCUGUUAAGCACAGAAAAUUACCUUUGCGUCUUGUGGGACUCUAGGUAUAAAAAUUGGGUUAAAAAAAUCACUGGGGGAAGAUCCGCCAGUUUUAGCUGGGGCACUGUAUGUCAUGUCACGCCUUUAGACCAAUUGUGCGCAAAUAAAGAUAUUCGAUGGAUUAUGAAGCUAAGUCUUUUUACAUCUCAGGGUCUUAGGAGAGCAAAUUUUACCUCUGAUGCUGUAGGCAUAUUACUGAAAGAAAUAAGGAGUAACCCCAGGUUGGUGUGUUGACUAAUUUUUACGCCUCGUCUACUGUAAGCUAGUGUACAUGUACCUCGGAGAUAACACGCUAGAGUCGAUGAAUAGGUCACGAAGUUUGUUCUCUCAUGUGUCAUAUGGUACCGAUAUAACGCGGGAAAGAAAAAGCUUGUAGAAUCGACAUUUUCUUCUUCCCCUUUCAGUUUGCGAGUGCUAUUUGCUGUGAACGAGUUCAAUGGAUUUUUCUUAAAAACCACCCUCAAGGAUGUCAAACAAAAAUGGGUAAGGCAGUUUAACCCUUUACACCCUAACAUCAAAAUUUAUAUUCUCCAUACUGUUCUCUGUACAUUUACUAAUGCGCAGACAAGGAGAAUUUGUCUAACAAUCAAGAGUCCUUUAGUGGGUGAUCAUUUCCUUUAUUCUCACGACAUUAAUAUGUGAUUCAGUGGUGAUAUUGUAAGGAGAAAUUAGAUGCUAGUCACUCUUAGGGGUUAAAGGGUUAACAGAUAAGUACAGAUGUGGUAUGAACUCUGUCUAAUCCUUGGAUACUUCGUCGAGUAACAGCUAGAAACAUGGAGAUCUCAGAACACCAAGCCCAACCCUUCACUGACUAAACAGAAGCACUGUGCAGUAAUCUCUUGCCCUCUGCGCUUUGAUGAUGAUUCCCUGUGGUCGUUUUUUUCCGCCUUUUACUGAGUAUUAGGUGGUUUGGGUAAAUUUCGACAAAUUUUCACAAUACUGGUGAACUUACACCGAAAUUGAUCCUUGCCCACUAUGAAAGAAAGAAAAUUUCUCCUCUUUGGGCGGAGACAAAAGUAACUGCUGAAAAUUUGCCCACGUUAAGUUUGAUUUGCUCUACUCCUCGAUGUUCAUCGAUGUCAUCUGUUUGACUGCAUUUAUAUGGUCCCACAGUACUUUUUAAGGUCUCCCUUAACGGGAAGGAGUUCGUGGAAGAUUAUCUUUAAAUUUAUUUUCCCUUUUUUUGUGCUAGAUAAAACCCAAGAGGCUGAGUUUGGUACAUCACUUUACAGAACUCCUUCAUCCUACUGAAGGACUGGUAAGCAAUAAGAAAUGGAAUCUGCAGUUUUUGUCAGUGAUUUUGCCAUUUGCUCACGCGCAGAACGCUGGUUUCAUCAAAUCCAAAUUUGUGCAGCCAUGCGACCACGCAUUUGGUGCACAAACUUAAGACGGUUACCCAUCGACAAACGAACGGUUUCGCCAAAUGCGUAUGGGACAACUCCCUUGGGCAGACGAUCGUCGAUAGCUUUUUUAUUUUUUCGCCAAAGAGAAACGAAAUUGUAUGUAGUAAAAUUUAACAAUCUGACGAACGGUGUAACGCUUGUGGUAGCAUGUAAGUAAGAACACACUCAAAAAGUAUCAAUGAACAGAACAUAAACAUUUUUGUUCAUUUUUUCUUUCCCUUCAGAAAAAUGGAGCUAUGGUGUUCGCGUUAUCACGCACAGGAAUGUUGAGAAGUGACAUCAAGUCUUAUGAGAUACCAGACCUCAUUGGACAGGUGAGAAGGAGACACACCUUUGACCCUUUAACUCCUUUUAAGAUCUCAUAAGUAAUUCUCCUUACUGUCUGCUAUAUAGUUCUUUAAAUGUUAGUUCAGAGAAUUUAGUAUUGGAUCAACUUUUAACCCCAGACUGAUAUUUUUCUUUAUUCUCAUCACUUAUCUAGUUGAUAUUGUAUUGAUAUUGUAAGGAGAAAUUCCGUCUCGGUCACUCAUGGGAGUUAGAGGGUUUAUGAUCAACCCAUUGCACCAUUAUUGACCGUUGUAUUUCCACGGGCCCGCUGUGUUUUCUUAGGUCAUUUCCGAACUACCUUCGGCUUCUGUUUCAAAGUCGAGUGUUUUCAUUCACAUGCAAAUUUAACUCACUUUCACACAAAUGGUUGAGCACCAGGCCUAGUUUUGAAAAAAAGGGGCCAGAGGUAAUUCGGAAAUGGCCUAAGGAAAAACAGCGGGCCUUAGGAAACACAGCGGUCAAACGUUGGGCGUGCGUCUCGCUGCUUUUCAAUUGAUGGGACCAAACUUGUACCUGAGCAUUAGAUAAUCGUUGCAAAAUUAUAACGGAUGUUGUUCCUAUCAACAUAAAGAAAAAAAAAUUGAUCCUUGCGCAUGGGGAAUAUCGCACUUUGCAAUCAGGGUGCUCCCUAAUAGACACCUUUGAGCUUCUUUUUUUUUUUUAGAUGUGGUGCUUAUUCGGGGGCGGCGAAUAUUAAUAUUUUUGCUCGCACAUGCGGCGCGUUAUCGAGAGCGGCGCAUCGAGUAAUUACGCCAUAUACUUUUGACAUAAUUUUGAGAUAACAUAUACCACAGCCUUGAAAAUUCUCGACUUAUCCGAUGAUUAUUAAUAAUAAUUAAGAUAUUCUAAAUAUUUAUCGAAGGCAUCAUGUGUUCUUCUAUCCAACAUAGAGAGGUUUAACAGCAGUCCAGGAUUCCAUUAACAUCGAGGUUCCCCGUUACUCUGGAGAAGAACUUGAGUCUUGUCUUCAGUUUUACAAGGAGAGAGGAAUUCUAACAAAAGGUAAAAUUGCUUAGUAGAAGAAAAAUUGGAAUUUUUUAUUCUCCACUCGAAAUUAAAAGGCUAGGAGAAGAAACGCACACUGUACCUAUUAUUUUUUCUUUUAAUGAACUCAACUCACAUUUUAAUGCAUAUGUUUUACAACUUGUAAGGUCCCAGGUAAAUAAUCUCUGUUUGGCUUUUUAUUUCUUUUCGCUUUUUGGCUUUUUGCAUUUUGUUACGUGUGUCUUCUUCAUUCAAUGAACGCCCCCAAAAAAAUUUAGCAAUAUUGUUGAAGAAAGACUUUGUAUUUCUUGAGUAUCUCGACUAAUUAUCGAUACUGUCUCUUAGACAGCUGUGCAUUAGAAAUUUCUUUUUUUUUCCUUUUAUUUCAGAAUUAAACUCUCAGCUCAUAAAGGAGAUCGCCUUUCUCACUGCUUACGAGCCACCGAUUGUAAGUCACUUGUGUAGGAGAUUCUGAACAUUUAAAUGAACAUUUUUCCAUAAGUAACUAAAGCAAAUUGUAAAUAAUAAAACAAAGCUUGAAACUUCAAUACUGUUUGGUAUAUUUUGACGUCAAACUUAUAUAAUGUAUUAUAUACCUUCCUUUAAAAAAAAAUUAUAACAAGCAACACUUUUGGUGCCUGAAAGGCUCAUUUACUAGCAAGACUGAAAUCUUCAGAAACCUUUGAAGAUACCUCGGAAAUAUUCGCAUAACUUCGGGGUAGUUUACGGCUUGCUUUCGUAAAUCUUCGGAAAUUGUUGCCGUAGUUUUCGCAUCGUUGAUGAAAGAACACAAAGUGACGAGAAAAGCUGCGACGUGACUCUUUAUCGUAAAAAAGGGAACCAAAAGUGUUCCGUUGCCUGAAUUUACGGGAAGUUAUUUGAAUUAAAUAUCAUGUUGCUGAAUUAUAGAUGAUUUUCGACUAAUUCGAAGCAAGGCGGUUUUUUUUUUUGAGAAACUACCGCGCUGUCGCAACCGGGUGAACGAAUAUCCAAAAAGAUGACUGAGCAGUUGAGGGUUUUCUCUUGAUAAGCUAAUCGUAUUGUGAAAGGACAGAAGCUGUCACCUCAACUAUAUGUGUCCAUCAUAUUCCCUCUUCUCCUUUUAUCACUGGUUACACAAGGCGCCAAGUAUUCCCAGAAAAAAACCGUAUUACAUUUACCCUUCAGUUUUUUGGUGACGUGACUGAACAUCUGCUUGCAAAAUGACUUUCAAAGGACAAAUGCUAAAUUGCGAUCAGGAGGAAUUGAGAAAUCCUUGACGCUCGUUUGUUAGGUUGUCUACCUAUAUGUAUAGGGUUAGGGUUAGGGCAAGGGUUAGGAUUUGUGAUCCAAAUUGUUUUCUGUUGAGUACAACAAACAGACAAAUCCAAAACACAAGCAAAAGCCGCAGAGAGGGAGUUUGGAGGGGGGGGGGAAUGAGUCAACCAUCAUGGGAUCAUAGUGAAAUUUUGGACGAUCCGUCCCUCGUUCUCUCCGGUUUCUCUUAUUAAUUUCCUGUAGUUUCACUAUCUUUAAAACCAGCGGAUCCAAGUUGUGGGGGAGGUCGGGUAAAAUUUCUUUGAUUGAUUGUUGUUUGGUAUUUAGGUGGAAGGGGGCAGCCGUCAAAUACACAACAGAAUAAAAAUUUUUGCUCGCCACUUAGUACCUAUUAUUUUAUUCUUAUCAUCUUAAAAUGUAAUUUUCUAAACUUUAAACAUCUAAAUUUUUUUUAAUUUUGAUAUUGUUAUCUUUAAAAUGAAAAUUCUCAACAUUAUUUGUUUUAAGAUUCGCAAAGCAACUGACGCACUCCUUCUAAAUGCCUUUAUUAAAUGCUUUUGCACCAAGGUUUAGGAGAAUAGUUUAGCAAUCAUCACUUGAGAUUGUUUGAGUUUUCACUUAGAAAAAAAAAACAAGAAUAUACUUCUAUUGAAGCAUAUUUCGUAAUCAUCCGGUCUUUUGCAGGUGUUUUUUCAUUGAUUUUUUCCCUCUAGCUUGAAUGAGUGUCGAUAACUCCUAACAAAGAUGUUCCUGGGGCGAAUUGCACACCAUAAUAAACCUAUUUUGUGGGCAGAGUUCUCAUAAGUCCAAUUACAGCCGCGAACGAUGGCAGUUAUAGACAGCACAGACCAUUUUUAUGUUAAAUUCAUCGAGCCGAAGCGAGCUGUAAACAAAAAUUUUGUUUUGAUUGCUGGUAUUGUUUAUUUGGUUUAAAUAGAUCUCGUGGUUUGUACGAAUUUUUGUGGUAUAUAAUUUUAUUUCUUAAAAUACUGCUUGUUGAACGGUUCUCGGAAAUUCUGUUUUGAAUUUUAAAGAAUAUAAACCAUUGGGCGCCAAAAUUCCUUAUUAUAGAGAGUUUUAAUCAUACAAGUCCCGAGGCAGUCUUUUGAGAUGUUAAUAAUGCUGUAAAUUAUUUUCCUUCGGUUCAUUUACAUCUUGAUAAGGCGAUGAAGUGAAUGUGGGAAAGAUUUCACACGCAUUGAUGUUGGAAAGGCUCUUUCGAACAGUAAAUAAAGGUGAAAAGGAAAAUCUUAGAUUUAGAUGAAAUUUUAAUCAGGCAUUAAUUCAAGCGUAAAAACAGACAGAUUGAGCUUCUCAACGCUUUAUGCAUGCUAUUUAAUUAAACAGCGACGUUGGUAGCCCGGCUGAAAUCGAUCAAAAACCAAUCUUUGUUGACCAUUGGCCAUCCAGCUUACCACAUCUCAUUUUAUCAGGGAAGAUAUCUUCGGAUAGUUUUAUCGCUGACGGUUUCGAAGGAAACUCAAAGAAGACAGGUAAGUAGAAUUGUUCCAGACUUUUAAAGGCAGCAAAUCGCGUGUAUGAACUAAUAACUUUAUGAACGUUCGUUUCUUGGCCACAGACGCAUAAACAGUUGGGGUUCCGCAGAGAAACGACCGCAAAAAACGAUGCUUCCCCACAGUUUAACACUUCGACAUUGCUUCCUGUCGAUUUUCACGUUUAAAGUAAUAUUGGUGACAAUGAAAUAUCAAAGUAAGUAUAUCGUAGACGUAAGUAAGGUGCUUUGGUACAGUACAUCACAAAAUAUAGAAAACCUAUGUACAUUCCUUGUUUGUAUGCUAAGUAUGGCAAGUGCAAAUUUCUAAUCAAGUGAAUGCUUCUAAGUCUAAGUUUUCUAUCCAGUUUUACUAAAAGUUUAGAAACUUAAAAAUGUGGUUUCAAGGAAUCAUUGAAUUUGACCUGUCUCAUUUGCCAUAUUACAGUUUACGUGUUUCUAGUUUUAUUGUUCAUUCUUUCGCCUUUGUCUUCACAGUUGUAAAUGUAAGAAAGCGGUUCCAUUUUAGAAACACAAAGCUGAGCUUCUUUGGUGACUAAUUCUUUCGAAAGAUGUAACAGAGUUAGGCUCUCCUUCUGCGACAUCGCCAGAUAGUAUGUCACUAAUUUGCAUACUUUCCGCAAUCUUGCAUGAUAUUUUGAUACUUGGUUACAAAAUCCUGAGGUUCAGAACGAAAUUUUGGGACAACAGAGGGGUCUUAAACAACAGAGAAUGGUAUGGUUCUGUUCACCCAGAUAUUUACGGAUGAGAUCAUGCAAAUUCAAGAGUAAACUGCAACGGUUACCUGUCUAACUAUUGGCUCGAGCUGAACCUUAAAACAGAUUGGCUAGCUACGACUAAAACAAGAAAAAUUUUAUAAGCGACAAAAGACAAAUUUUCUUUGCGUCAACUACCGAGUGAAAUAGGAACUUGUUAAAACGAGCCGUGACUUGGUUAAUCCUACAUGCGAAUAAACAGCUUAAACUUGGCUCUAGUUGAUGUUGUGAUAUUUUUUAAUGAUAUUCACUUCGAUUCUUCAUGAUCAGCUCGACUUCGUGUGAAUAGAGCAGCUUGCAGUCUUCUUCAUUUAAAGAGCUGCAAUAUUGUGAUUCCUCUGUGAAUGCAACAGAUUCGUUUUAAAAAUCACUAUAGAAACGCAAUAUGUAGGUUACUGUCGGCGUGCUCAAGUGUUGAACGUUUUCCUAAUUACUGGAGACCUUCCCAGCCAAAUGAUGUCUUAUUUCGCGAAAUCCACCGAACCCUCGUGGUCAAAUUUUUUCUUUAUCUUUUUCACUUUCUUUUAUGUUCUCAGCUACUUACACAGCAUGGACACGAUUUUAGCCGUGUUUUUAAUCGUCUUGCGGUGCCCCUUUGAGAGUCAGGGUCAAUCUGAACUUUCCCGAUCAGAUUAGCAAACAAAGUGGAGUUGCUAGGAGACUAGAAUCUUUCAAAGUAUUUGGCCCGUAGAUGUUUUUUAUUUUCUUCUGUGAAUUAAAUCAAAACCUGAAGAAAUUAGUUUCGUGCCGUUUAAUGUUUCCUUUUAUGAUGCAAAUCGUUGUAAGCGCAUGAGGGUUCAAAAUUCUGCGAUCUUCGAAAGAAACUACGGAAAUGCAUCAUAAGUUAGGUUUUUCAUUGGAAUUUUCAGGUGAUCUUAGAAAAAGCAUUUGUCAUAAACGAAACAAAAGCCGCUGCGAUUUUUGUUGGGGUAAUUUGUUUUCAGUGCAUGCUUAAUAAUUGCUAGUUUUCUGCGUGACGACGUGAUCGUUUUGGAGUACUCACACGCAAAGCUGCUUUUGGUUCCAAAACCCCGUUCAUUGACACUGGGUUUGUUUGCUCAUACAAAUUGUAAAUUGGACCAAUAUGGAGAUAUGGAAUCAAGUCACUGAUGAAAAGGCUUGUUGGAAAAUCUCCCAUCCGCUCAACACAGCAACUCACGUUGAAUAUUAAUUAAUGUGACAAAAUAAGAGGGGCGUUUUUAAUUGCUGUAGACUACACGGAACAAUUGAAGAAAAUUUGGGUCGAAUGAGAUGAUUCAUGCAAGAACAAGUUUGCGGGGUAAAGCAAUCAGCAGUUCCCAUAAGUGUGUGGGUAAAAAUUAUUUGUUUACGAGAAACUGAAAGGGGAAAUCAUAUGCAAACAAAUUGUACAUCUCUUGUCGAUGUAGAUCUCAUUAAGUUCCCCAGCUGCUGAGAGAAGGUGGAUCAGAUUGACAAUUUAUGAUAAAUUGCUUUCCAAAAUUAGUUUUUUCUAAGAUUUUAAUCCACAAAACAGAUUAGUUCGUGAAGUGAUGUUUGUUUGAGUCGUGUAGAAUCACAGAAUUAUCGAUCAUCUCGAAAGCAUGUUGAAUUGCUUCUCAGGCAAUGGAAUCAAAAUCUGAAGAAAGAUUGCAGAGGUUUAUUUUUCAAACUAUCUCAGUAUGUUAUCUUGCACUUAGUCUUGAAGAGGGAAGAGCCAAAGAUCCAAAUACUUACCACUCAUCAGUGACAAAGAUCGAAGAUUGACAAAUAUAUACCCCGAAAAUAGCUUUUUUAGAACUUUUUUUUUUUAUCACUGUGCUUGUGCGACCAUUAUGUUAUGAAUUUCCCUCGUGUUCCUGAUUAUUCAAGUAUACUUCCGUUAAAUGCUAUCUAUUAUCAAAAACUGUGCCCUUCUUUCAUGAAAAAGUUGCGUGUCUGCAGCUGUUUUGAAAGAUUAAAUUUAAAAUCACAUUGACAUUUUUCAUAAGAGGACUUUUAAUGUUGCAUUCUACCAUAAAGUAACUCCACGUUUAAUUAGAUCAACUGACAAAUUGGGCAAAAAAAGCGUUCUUCCCUCUGGCAUUUAUUGCACUUACUAAAACAACAAUGAAAAAACAUUCACUUCAGCUAAUUUUGCUUUGUUCGCAAGCUCAGUUGUUCUUACUUUCUCUUUGUAGGUUGUCAUGCUCAAAUAAACAGAACAAAAAUUGAGCAAAGUCUGAUAAAGGCUCUCUUUAAGAAUUAUGAUUCGGAAGGAAGACCAGUUUUGAACCUGUCAACACCAGUUGUAGUCAAGUUUGGAUUGGCCUACAGUAAUCUUCAAAGUUUGGUAAGUGUGGCAAGUUGUAGAUUGUUCGGGUUUAGUUUUGAAUUUGCUGCGCUUUUCUCUUUCGUUUUCAUCAUUUGAGUCUUUUCAUUUUGAGACUUUCUAGAAUUAAUAUUACGCCUCAGUUCCUCUGUUCCGCGGAAACCGUGAUCCAUUCCAUUCUAUUUACUUUCAUCCUACGAAAAUCUCAUCUCUCUCGCAAUCUACAAUGUGGAGUCUUUCCGCUGCCCCUUAUUUCCAUUCUAUUUCGUGUUUUUGGAUGACAAUGUUUUUUCGUUUUUUGUUUUUUGUUUACAGUUUCGUUAAUGUUAUCAAGGUCAUCAUAACAUCUUGUUUCUCUCAAGUGUUAAAUUCAUGGUAACUGCGCUUUUCGAUUAUUUCGCUACCAACUGCUGUGUUUGUAAUCCAUCCUUUUGACAAAAUAAACAAAACAACUUCUGAUAAUUGAAAAAGCUCUUUUGUGGAAUUGUAACUUGAGUAUAUGUAUAAACAGCUUGUUGUAAACCAAUUCCCCUGUGGGUGCCGGUAUAGUCACGAUAUAAUUUGGAAAAAAUUGCCGAAGACAGAACUUUAGGCACUCAAGCAUAAGAGCUAUCGUAUUUUGCGCUAGCAAUAACAUCUGUAUUGGUGCAAGGACUAAACGUCUUUUUCGAAUUGUCUUUUUUUUACUUAAUGUAGCUUACACGUCCUUGUAGCUUUGUUAAUUAGUCUUCAAAUGCGUGCUCCCCUGUUGAAAAUUGGAUUUUGGACGCGAUUUGUACCUUUAUUUUAUCGGAUUACGUAAUCGAACACGUGGCUUUUGAGAUCGGAAUCUCGUGCCUCGUGCGGCAUGCGCCUUUCUUGUAUCAUUUGCAUAAAAUAGAGGAAAAGUCGGACAACUGUUAAACUCUCUACCUCACAUAAGGAUAAAGUCUUUGAAAGUUCUGGGAAUAGUUUCGUUUCACAUGCUCUCUUUGUUUCUUAUGUUCAGGUUUGAUUUCUGCGUCUGUUCUUGUCCAGUGUAGGUACAGCGUGUUUCAAUCACAAUUGUCCUUUACCACUUGGCUUUGCCUCGCAUCGUUUCACUUUUUUAAAUCGUUUGGUUUGUGUAGUCGAUGAAAUAAAUUAGGCGCGUAUAGACACAAAACUACAACGUGUUUCCAGUAGAACUAACGAUCGUCAUAUGGGAGAGAUAGAAAAACAGACUUCACAUACUGAAGAUGUUUCUAGGCUGAAGCCAACGAUAAGCGAGCAGUAUGACAGGUCCUUUAAUGGCCUUUAAUGCUCCGCGAAAAAAUCGUUUUUUUUAAUCUAAAAAUUAUAUUAUAAAAAAUCGAUACCUGUAGGUAGGGUCAGAUAUAAUAUGCUCGAAAAUUCGAGUAUUAUGCUUCGGAGCUUUUUCUGAAAACACAACGUUAUGCCAAAAUUGCAUUAUGCUCCAUUAAUUAACUCAAUCGAGAGAUUUUUAGAGCGCUUCAACCCCCUUAUCUUCCUCCCUGCCACCGACAGGUAAAACCUACUAGAGAUGAAAGACUUACUGCACUUCAAAGGCAACACACACAUACGGCAUUUGAGAGGUAUAUGCCGAAAACGACCUGCAAUUUUCAUAAUUGAUAAAGUACUAGAAAUGCAGGUGAACGCGUUUAUGUGCAUGUUUUUUUAGUCAUUUUGCCGGCACUAUGCUCGAUUCUGUGACUAUAGCAUCAUGCCCAAAAUUAUGCCGGCUUAAUCUAUCUGAGCCUACCCGUAGAUAUCCUGAAAAUCGGUGCGCUGUGCUCCAUGCGCACCGAGCCCCCAUCGAGGAGGGAGAUCUGAUGACCAAGCAGAAGAACAAAGUAUUUCUGUGUUCACGUUUGUACCUGAGUUAAACUGACAUAUCGAUUUUUGGUCUUUAGGAUGAAAAGAAUCAAGUUUUGACAAGUAACGUUUGGAUAAGACAGGUAAAGUAAAAACGUUUACAUAUACCCUCUUGAGAGGCGGACAGGCACUCUCUUGCCCAAGAAUACACAUGUGAAUUGCUCGAUUGUAGUAUAGCGCGCUCUAACCACGGAGAUUAAUCUUCUACAAUGUCUACCGCAAUAAGCAUUGUUAACGUUAUGUAAACAGUUCUGUUAUCUUGACCCUUCUUAAGUGUAGUUUUUGAUAGUGUUUUACAAGUAUUUCAAAGUAUAAAUGAAGCAGUUGUUUUUGUUCCUGUUCUUUGCAGCAAUGGCACGAUCCUUGGCUGUCCUGGAACGCAUCAAAAUACAAUGGUCUCAGCUCUAUUAACAUAAGUCCCAACUUGGUGUGGAAACCCGAUAUUGUUCUGCAUAACAAGUGAGUUGUAAUUCAGAGCUUUCCCACCUUUAACAGUUUUCCCCAAACUCCCCUGUCGGGUCUCCGCGUCAAAGACGGCAAGAGGAAAGGAAAAAGCCCCCAAAAUUCUUGAAAUAAAAUAUUAGGAUCAGAUAGGUGGGUUCCAAUAUGAACCGUUCGUUCAUCCUUAAAGAGCAAUUUUAGUUGAGUAUCCAAAGAUAUCCAUGUUUGCAUCGGUUUACUUCGCCACGCUCUUUGAUUGGUCCAGAAAAUCGCGCCACCCCCUCAACCAGUCAGAUCAAAGGGAAAACCAGUAGCACACAAGCGUAUUCCCGACACCGCUGAUUGGCGGUUAUUACUACACAGCUUUACCUUGGGUUGUAUUUACGCUACGCAAAUCAAAAGCGCUCCAUUACAUUAUGCAUCUGAGCAAUUUCCAAACAGGAUCUUUAGUUAUAUAGGAACCGAAAUUGCUCACAGCGUCUUGCAUUUCUGUCCAAAGUGUCAAUGAAGAAGGAGACCAUGGCGAGCAGUAUCUGUUCGACACAAAGAUCAUCGUCAGCAGUGACGGUACAGCCACGUGGUUGUCCCCAAAUCUCAUCAAAAGUUCGUGCAAAAUCAACGUCAAGUAUUUCCCUUGGGACAUACAGACAUGUUACCUCAAAUUCGGCUCAUGGACUUUCAAUGGCUUCAAACUUGACCUGGAUUUCUACGGAGAAAAACCUGGUGCGGACUUGAGUACUUUCACACUAAAUGGUGAGUGGGAUCUGUUGUCAGCGGACGCGACGAGGAACGUGGUUUAUUAUGGAUGCUGCGUGGAACCUUAUCCAGACCUCACGUUCGAGAUAAAAAUAAAGCGGCGUACCUUGUUCUACGUGAACAACUUGAUUGUGCCGUGCAUCGUCCUAGCCCUUCUCACAGCAACAGCGUUCCUCUUUCCGCCUCAAACGGGCGAGAGAAUAUCUCUUAUGAUCACCAUUCUACUUGGUAUGACUGUUUUUAUGAUCGUAGUGAUUGAAGCCAUACCGUCUACGUCAGAGGUGACUCCUCUUAUAAGUACCUACUUCUCUGUAGUCAUGAUCGAGAUUUCCCUGGGUCUCCUGUGCACCUGCAUUAGUCUCAACAUAGAGCAUCAACAUCCUAAAAUGGAACUCACAGGAUGGACACGGUACAUCUUGUUCGAGGUACUGGGUCCUAUUCUGUGCAGCAACUCUUUAAAGAGACUGAAGAGGAAACAGCUUAAAAAUAAAGUAAAAAAUGAACCAAUCGAAUGUUACGUGAAAGAGAACCGCAUCGUCCCCGACGAUGACAAAAUCGUCGUUACGAACAUAAAGUCGCAAGAGGAUGUGAAAAACACUGUUAACGUGGAAGAGAAGGAGGUUAAAGUGGCGGGUAUGGAAAAAGUCUCCAAGUUCAUAGAUCGGGCUUUGUCUGAAGAUAAGCGCAAACUAGAAUGGCAUGUUGUUGUAAACGUUAUUGACAAUUUCUUUUUUUUUCUGUUUCUUCUGACCAUCGUUAUUUCUUCGCUGGUGGUACUCAUACAACCGAAGCCAGAGAGCUGAAAAUUUGUUGGUCAUUGCCUAGACGUAAUAUAUAGAACAAGCGUCAUUUAUUUAAGUUUUCUGGGCGGGCAGAUGGAGGCAAGUGCAGGGCUUGUGCGAGGAAAGCCCGACGAGUGAGUCACGCAAUGAAGACCGCUCAUCCCUCGCGCAUAACUCGCGUUUGACACGCGCAUGAAUUUCGCACUGAGCUCACUCCACUCGCCCGAAGAAUCGCGAGAGAAUAACAUUUUUUACGAAGGUUAUUCUUGAUAACGUACAUUAAGGGAUUACUUGUGCAUUAAGACUUUUCAAUGAAUGCUAUUUGGGAAGAGAACUCGGUGGAUUGUCAUUCCCGUAAACGUGAAUUUUAGUCAAUUCGCAGUCUUCCGAAAUCUUGAGACCACAUAAUUGCAGGAAAGAGUUGCAGUGACCUCAAGCCAUAAGUUAGUCUUAAAGGACCCUGGCUUGCAAAACAGCGGUAUAUUUUAACAUUUUACAAUGGAGCAGAGGCACCCGCGAGGCAAGCACGCAAGAGGAGGGACGCGACCUCGCGUGACACUAGCACUCUAAAGUCGCCUUACGCUUGCUUCCGCUCUCCUGAAAGAACGCGUAAAAGAUAAGCCGCCCUAAAGGAUCUUAAAAGGACCCCUUCGAUUUAAAAAAAGAAUACUAAGUUUCGUUCUACAUGUCUCAGGGCGUAAAUCAUCCGCAAUUGUAACUGUCAAAAUUAUUGUAAUAUUUUCCAGUCUUUCGCAUACUCCUCAAAACAUAGGGGAAAAGUUUUGUAGCAAACACCUUUUGACUAAGAAUGCAAUAACCUUAAGAUCAAUCUGCAUCUCACUGAUAUUUUAAGAGAGGCUGGUGUUCAUAAAAAUGGGAAGAAGUACUAGUGUAAAAAAGAGGAUUAAGACGUUUCAUUGUAACUGUGGUGUUCAUAGCCGAACAGAUUGCAAAUUAAAUUAUUCAUAUAGCGUAAACUAUUUGUGGAAAGCGUGACGCUUUUGUAGACAAUACUUUAUAAAUUACGGGAGGCUCUCAGCGCCAACGAUGCAAUUUUUCGGGCACCUGUUGGUUUCUAGUACUAGAUUUUAAACAAUGAAGGGAGGCUCUCAGCACCAACGAUGCAAUUUUCUCCGGCACCUGUUGGUCUAGUACUAGAUUUUAAAUAAUAACGCAGGUUUCGGAAAGCACCAUGAAAAAGUCGG